AUGGUGUCGCCGGCGAUCGCCCUGGCCUUCCUCCCCUUCCUCGUCACCCUCCUCAUCCGGUACCGGCACUACUUGGUGCUGCUGUACCGGGCGGUGCUGGUGGGCUGGCUGCGGGACCGCCUCACCGGCGUGCCGCGGGAGCAACGCGCCUUCCAGUACGUGCUGGCCCACGCCAUCCCCGGCGACCCCCGCCACAUCCUCCAGACCUUCGACCGCUGGUGCUACGGCUGCGAGCACCUCAGCAGCGUCGGACCCGUCAAAGGGCGGAUCGUGGAGCGGCUGGUGGCGGAGCGGGCGCCGCGGCGGGUGCUGGAACUGGGCACCUACUGCGGGUACGGCACGGUGCUGCUGGCGCAGGGGCUGGCCCCAGGCGCCCGCCUCUACACCGUGGAACCCAACCCCAGCCACGCUGCUGUGGCAGAGAAAGUCAUUCGCCUGGCCGGCUUCGACGAGCAAAUGGUGGAGCUGAUCGUGGGCCCCUCGGAGGAGGUGAUCCCCCGCCUGCAAGCGCAGCACGGUUUGCUGAAAGCCGACUUCGUCUUUAUGGAUCACUGGAAACGCUGUUACCUCCGGGACCUGCAGCUACUGGAGACCCACCAGCUGCUGGCCCAAGGGGCCACCAUCCUGGCCGACAACGUCCUCUUCCCCGGGGCCCCCCACUUCUUGCAGUAUGCCAAAACCUGCGGCAAAUACCGCUGCAAGGUGCACCGCGCCAGCCUGGAGUAUUUCCGUGCCAUCCCCGAUGGCAUCGCCGAGCUCCGCUAUGUUGGGAACUGCUGA